AUGCUUUCCCGACAAAUCCCCACGUUGGGCCGCCAAUUGCGACGAUCGUCGAUCCGGUGUGCGUCGACCGCCGCGUCGACUCCCGCAACCUCCUCCGCCUCGCCCGUGCCACUGGCCAACGUAAGCCCGCCCACUGAAGCAGUCACCUCUCCCGCUUUCGGAAACUACAGCGCGUGGGCACAGCAGCUGACAUUGUGAACCUCGUCCUCCACCGUACUUCUCAUGGCAAUGACCCGCUGAUGGACCCGAUCGAUCGGCCGCGACCAACGCACCUGCGUGCUCGUCUACCUACGCUUGUCCCACCACUCGACCCCGAAUCACAUUCAACUGCCCGCACCGGUUCACACCACCGAAAACAGAUCGAGGCAUCGUGGAAGGGUUUGACGCCGGCCGAGCAAGAGUCGACGUUCAAGGCGCUCGAGGACCUUCAGAAGAAGGACUGGACCCAAUUGUCGAUUGACGAGAAGAAGGCUGGUCAGUGCUACUCUCUGGAUCCUCGAUGGUGGCAGAUGCGUCCCCUCUCUUUUGAUAGGGAGGAGACAGUGUGGUGUAUUGCAUGGCUUGUCCCGAGGAAGCCACGCAAACUGACGCUUCCUGGGUGUUUAUGUGUUGGGCGCGGAUUUCUGGUUUUUGUAUUCGGCGCGGCAAUUCCUCGUUACCAAUUUCGAAAUCGGAUUCAUUCAGCCUACUACGUCGCUUUCGGCCCGCACGGCCCCAGGGAGCCGAUCCUUGCGCCCGGGUCCGGAGCCAAGACGCUCGGGGGUGUCACCCUCGCCGUCAUCGUCAGUCUCGGAUUGUUCACCGCAGCCCGCACUCUGGGUAAGUGCGAAAAUUCUAGCCAAUCUUUGGUGCUGUGACGAAGCAGGCGGCGUGCUGACAGGGCACCGAUAACCCGCUACCCCUACCCCACCGUAUGACCGCGCGGACAAUUCAAUCGAUAAUCCAUCCCAUCAUCCAUCGCCACCACUCGAAAAAAUGGCGUCGCAACCAAACAGCUCAAGAGAAGCCCAAGACGCUGAGUCGAGAAUGGCAAGAGGCCUCGAACGAGAUGGCCAAGGAGCAAAAGAUGGAUCCUUUCACCGUGAGUUUGUGGAAGAUCCUUUCGUGGAGGUGACGGCAUCGCUGACUCGAUUGAACGGGUACGAUGAUACGACAGGGUGUUACUUCAGAGGGCUACAAGGGCAAGGGCUUCGUCAACAAUAAGGUGAGAGCAGGCAUCCCAGCGCACCCCCACAUCUUUCGCCGCAUUUGAGCAAACCUGAUCGGCGUGUUGUUUCUGCCAAUUUCUCUCUCAGUGA